AUGACUUCGUAUAUACGUAAAUAUGUCACAGCAGUUGCAUCGGCAAAAGAUUACGUAGCUCAAUGGUCAUCUGAUCAUGUUUAUUCUGAUGAAGAACUUAUUGUACCAUUUCCAACAUUAGCUAUAUAUGAUCCACAUAAACAUGCUUGGACAGUACAUAUUAAAGCUUGGGUAUAUGUGCCAUUUCAAUCGAAAUCAUUAACAAGUUAUCUUCCAUCAUUACCAAGUUUUUUAGGUGGUAGUAAAAAUAAUAAGAAAGAAAAUGACGAAAAAAAAGUCGAUAACGAAAAUGUUGAUGAAUCGAAUAAUUCAAACAACGAAAAUCAGAAGAAAAAAACAAUAUUUAAUGAAAAUGAAUAUAUGAAAAAUAAAAAAUCUCCAUCAAAAGAUGUUAAAGUUAAUCAAGAUAAAAAAGAUGCAGCUGCUGCAGUUAGUAAAGAAAAUCAUAAAUUAAAGAAGGAUGAUGGAGCAAGUGAUUCAGAUGAUGAUUUAUAUGAAAAUGCUUUGCGAGAAGAAUUCGGUGAUCCAAAUGAAAAUCCUGGUCGUUUAGGUUUAUUUUUUGUUGGAAAUUCUGUUAAAAUUGCAACAAAAACAAUUAUUAAUGGUGUUGAACGUUUAUUAGAUCCAUCGGAUGACAGUGGUUUUAUUGAACAACAUGUUGAAAUUCCAGAUAAAGAACUUAUAUCACUUUGUACAAGAAUUCAUGAAGAUUGUAAAGAUAAAAAAUUUGAAUAUCAAAUACAAGUUAAUCCAAAGAAAGAAGUAGAGAAAAACAAAAAAGAAGAAAAUACGGACAAAGAUAAAAAAGAAGAGAAUCCUGGUAAAAUUACAAAGGUAGAAAGCGCUGACAAAGAUAAGAAAGAAGAAAAUACGGACAAAAUUAAAAAAGAAGAAAAGACGGAUGAUAAUAAAAAGAAAGAAGAUACUGACAAAGUUAAAAAAGAGGAAAAUACAGAUGAAAAUAAAAAGAAAGAAGAUACUGACAAAAUUAAAAAAGAAGAAAGUACGGAUGAAAAUAAAAAGGAAGAAGAUACUGAUAAAAAUGUUGAACAUGGUAAUGAUUAUAAAACGUUUACAUGUACAGUUUAUGUUCUUGCUCGACAUGGUGUCAGUAUUAUAUCAGACAUUGAUGAUACUAUCAAAGUUUCUAAUGUACUUAGUAAACGAUUAUUAUUAAAACAUACGUUCUAUAGUUAUUUCAAACCGAUCGAAGGUAUGAGUGAUUUGUAUCAAAAAUGGUAUGAACAAAAAUGUCAAUUUCAUUAUAUUAGUGCAAGUCCCUGGCAAUUGUAUCCUGCUCUUCGUUCGUUUUUGGACAAAUAUAAAUUUCCAAUGGGUACUGCCAAUCUACGAAAAUUUUCAUGGAAUUUACAAUUUUUUAAUCCAGCAGAUACAUAUAAAAUUGAAACUAUUUCAAAAAUGAUUGAUUCUUAUCCAUUAAGAAAAUAUAUUUGUGUUGGUGAUUCAGGUGAACUUGAUCCUGAAAUUUAUUCGAAAUUGUAUAUAAAAUAUCCUAAAGCAAUUGCUCAUAUAUAUAUUCGUGAUAUUUGUCAUUCAGAAAAAUGUUUACCAACAUGUGAAGAACGAUAUACAAAAGCAUUUGAAGGUGUACCAAAAGAACGUUGGACAAUAUUUAAAGAUCCAAAAGAAAUUGAAACGGACAUCAAGAAAAUCCUUUCUGCAUGA